ACCAGUAGAUGAGCAGGUGAGAUACUUACCUGGUGAAAUGAUUCUUGGCAAGAAUUGUCACUGGCCUUGGGAGUGCAGGCAGCAAUCAAGAAAUCCGAAGGAGCUCUGACCGCUGUGCGACCAGGCAACAUUACACCCCAGACCAUCUUGACUUUGUAACGGAAAAAGAGAAUCCGUAUCAAGCUACUCAGCAGCUAAUCAAUCACCCGAGUCCACCAGGCUGGGCAUGGAAGAUUGUAUCUCUUAUGUACAUGAGGAGGAAGAAGAAACAGCUGGGGCACAGGAUGGAGUUGUGCUUGAAGUAAGGGGAUACAUUGUAAGAGAAAGGCAGCUUGUUAUGCUGCAUUAUGGGCCUGCAGAAUGGUGUUCCUGCUUUUUUAUGCUACAAAUUGUGAACAAAUUAAUAUCUUAGCCAUGUUAAAGUCAUAUCAAGCCAUGGGUCACUCACAAAUGUAAGUUCCCACAAGUGGGGUAUUUUAGCCUAAUAGCUAUUUGGAUAUCAAGACUUUAUAUUCCAAUAGCCUACCUGCUCAGAGAAGUAGACUGGGGAGAUGAAGUGGACAGCUGGCAUAAUAUACGGAUACUUGAACGCGGAAACGAAAAGACAGCUGCUGGAUCUAAUUUUAAACACAGGUCUCGAUCAGAUCCCUCUAGAUCCUGGUUGUCGUGCUACAGCAAAGUCAUUAGUGGGAGUAGAGAGGCGUGAAGUUGAAGAUACUGGUAAAAAGCUUUUGUGAGAAGGGGAAUCACCCUUGUUCCAGUUAUGGUAUUUCCAUUUUUCACAGCAAGUUCAGAGGUACCAAAAUUGCGAAAGGAAGACCAAAAAGCACGAAACGCACUCUUAGCUGAUAUACAGCAGGGAACUCGUUUAAGGAAGGUGACUCAAAUCAAUGACCGCAGUGCGCCACAGAUUGAAAAACCCAAGGGAACUAACAGAGAUGGAGUUAAUCCAGCCAUUAAUAAAGGCGGCUCUCAGCAGCCUCUGGGAGGCUUAUUUGCUGGUGGCUUUCCUGUUCUCAGACCAGCAGGCCAGAGGGACAUGCCAGCUGGGAGGCCUGGGCAGCUUCCUGGAGUCCGAGCAGCGGCUCCCAAGACCUCCGUCCCACCGACCAGCAGCGCUGCGAAGGCGAGCAGUAACCCCCCGCACCCAGCCGAAGGCCCCAGGGCGGCGGUCCCACCAGAGCCUCCCAGCACCUCCCGAGCCGCAGCCGCAGCCGCAGCCGGCCCGGGGCGGCCCAGCCUGCCCGCCCCGCCUCCACCGCCUCCCGCUUCCAGCAAACCUUCCCUCACCUUCCCUCCUCCCCCCGCUCUCCCGCCUCCGGCCGAGCGCCCUCCCAGGGGGGUGUCCCCCAGCGCUGCUCCUCCGCCCCCGCUCCCUCCUCCUCAGGCUGACAAGCCCACCAAGUUCCAAGCAGGCGCUCCGCACCCGCCCCCGCCGCCCCCUCCUCCUCCUCCUCCUCCUCUCCCCCCCUCCCUGCCCCCCGUCCCCCCCUGCGGGUUUCCAGGCAGGACAACCGACUUCUCCGCCGCAGCCUCCUCUCCGUCGGAGGGAAGGGAUUGCCCACCUCCCGCACCGCCGCCCCCGCCGCCACACGCGCACUCCCUGGCCGCGAACAGGCUCUCCUUUCCACCCUCCCCGGCCUUCAGCAGCGCCGCCAGCAGUGCUGACGUGCCCCCCCCGCUGCCCCCCAAGUCUCCCCACCUGCUGUCGCAGUUCCACAAGCCAAGCAGCAUCCAGUCGCUGCCGCUCCCUCCCACCCCCGGCCUCCCGCAGCCCGCAGCGGUGGCGGAGACCAGGAAGAAGAGACCCGGCCGAGGCGCAGGAACCGGUGCUGGGAAGCUAGUCACACCUCCACAGCCACCAGCAAGAUCACCAACAACUGAACUCACAAGCAAGUCCGGAGUCUCAGCCUGGGCUACAGCUCAUGACCUCUACCCACCACUUAAAAAUGGAAAUAUGCACAUCAUUGAUGACUUUGAAUCUAAAUUUACUUUCCAUUCUGUGGAAGAUUUCCCCCCACCUGAUGAAUUCAAGCCAUUUCAGAAAAUAUAUCCCAGCAAGAUACCUAGAGGUAAGUGUAUAAACAUGAGAAGAUCUGAUAAUUACCCAACAGGAUUAAAAACAGGGAGUGAAAAUAAAGAACAGAAACCAGCAUUAACGUGAAGAACUGGGCUGCUAGCAUAGGCACAGAGAGGAAUAGGAUUUGUUACAGUGGUAACAGGAACCAAGGAUAUAAUGAAAAGCACUUAUUAAUUACUUUAAAGUCUUAGUAGCUAAGAAUAAAAUUAUGUGGCUUGACAUGUAGUCUGUGUUCUUUAGAUUGUUGAAUUUGCAGAGCCCUUGAUGUUAAAAACAGUGAUGUCACAUAAACAGGCAGCUACUGAGUUGGGGUUUUUUGUUCAUAACUUACGAAAUCACAAAAGAAACGUGACUUGAUCCAUGUCUUCCAUCAUGUGUUUUGAUUUAAAUCCUAUGCAUGGUGUUUCACACACCUGAAUAACAAAGAGACUUGGUAACUGAACUUCGCUUCCCUGCCCCUCCCCUUAACUUAGACACUUAGUAUCAAGUCACCGUUGUAGGAGCAGAAGUUCACCUAUCCAGCUUUGAAAACUGGUAGUUGAAGGUGCUGUAAGAUCUCAUGGCCAUAUUCUGUUUUUUAUAAACCCCAGUCUUUUCUGUAUUAUUAGAUCAACUAUUUAUCUCCAACUUUUCAUUAAGUUUUUUUUUGUUCCCAUGCCAAGGUACUUUGCAUGACUUUUCACAGCCGCCUCAGUCAGUCUAAAUUGUCUGCUGUAUGAUCUGAUCAAAGACUUUUUUACUGAAGGGCUACAGAGCAUGAGCAAUAUAUAUAUAUACACAUGUAUUAGUUCAAAUGUAGGAGAUAAAUGCAGCAUCCCUGCUGUAGAACUGCAUCCAAAAUACAUAUCCAAAAACUGUAUCUAUCUCCUCUGAUUAAACCUGUCCUAUCUAUUUACAGAUCCCUCUAAAAAUCCUCCAUUAAGAACACAUGUGAGAUGAGAAGAGUCUUCUGAUGCUUUCUGGAUUAAUAUUAAAAAAGAACAACAUCAAGAUAAUAUAUAAAACAGAAGGGGUCCCCAUUACAGUGAUAGAGAUUAUAUUUGAAUUGCAAGUGCUUGCAAUGUUAACAUUUCUAUAAACAGGAAAAAUGAUGUAAAUCAUACUUUUUGAACUGGCCUACAUACCACAGGAAUGUUAGUACAGGCUUUUAAAUUAUUGUAUAUAGAUAGAUAUUUUUUAAGCAACACAGCAUAAGUUUUAAAUUCUUUGUAGUCUUGAAACAAUUCUUAUUCUUAUCACACUGACAGAUGUUACCUCAGAAAACUUUUUUUGCAUUAUACGCCUGUAGUUAAUUUUUCCCCUUCCAUCAUCAUUUUUAAGUAUUUUGGAAAUUCUCGCUAUUAUUCAGACAUUUUUCAAUGAACUAUCAGAAACUAACAUGCUACCUUUAGUCUCUUUGUAUGUUUCUUCACUUCUUCUAUUCUGCCUGUCCUCAGAUUGCAGCUGAAUGUCACUUUCAUGAACAGAUGGGCCCGCAAUCCUUUUCUCAUCAAGCAUGAAGAGGAAAGAGAUGACAAGGAGCUGUGGCUGCUGUUGAGCCUACCUCCUAUUGAUUAUAGAUCCUUAUAGGAUAGUGUCUGAAGAAGCCCAGCUGGGUAGGGUGAUCAUGGACUUGACAAAGAAGACAGAACUUUUCCAAACUGGGGAAAAAGAAAGUUGUUCUACUGUAAGCAAAAAAAAAAAAAAAAAAAAAAGUGUGUGUGAAUACACAUGCCAUGAAGUAUGUAUGUAA